UAGAAAAUAUGAUUGGUUUAUUUAAUUUUUACCUUCUCGUGUUAGAGAAUCCUUGCAGUGCAUGCUUUCAAAAUUUAUUCCACAAGUGAGAAAAAAAUACAUCGAAUGAUACGAGACGCCUUACUAUUGUAAGCGCGUUAACUGAAAUACAUCUGGGAGGUCUGUGAAUAGAAGAAAUGAAAGCAAUUUUGAGACGAAAUAGUGAGCUCGUUGCUUGUCGGCAUCAAGAGGCUGCAAUAGCUCAGAGGCGUUCGGUACCUCAGGUACCUCCGGUGCCAAUUGGCCCAGGUCCAAUAUUCAUGAGAUGUCCACAUUGUAAUUUUGAAAUGCAGACAACAGUCGUCUACAAGCCCGGCUGGAUUACAUGCAUUACUUGUACUGCAGUUUGCAUUUUCGGAUUAGGUGCUGGUUGUUGUCUUGUGCCGUUUUGCAUUAAAGAAUUGCAGGACGUUUGCCAUAUUUGCCCCAAAUGCGAAGCAUUUUUGGGCCGGUUCCGGCGAUAAAGUUUUUCCCUACAGCAGCACAUACCAUUUGCGAGACAGCAUCGUAUUUUGCUUACGUUUUCAAUUACAAAGAAAAGGAAUAUUGAUUAAUCGAAUAUCGAUUAUUCUAACUCUGAUUGUUUUGCAGAAAAAAAAUUGUACUCUACAGGACAAUCGUGUUUACGUUGAUUUUAUUUGAAAGUCUCAUAUUGAUUAUGGACUGUAGACAUGUGUAAAAA